GUGCGGGUUGGGCGGCGGGGCCGUCAGUCAGAGCGCAGAGCCGAACCGCGCCGGGCGGCCCGGAAGGUGCGGGCGGCGGUUCGGGCUCGUGUCGGUGGCUGUCAGCGUUCGGAGGACGGAGCCGCGGCGCUGAGACUAUAAGGACAUCCUGCUUGACUGAAAAGUCGCUCCUACUUCUGGAGUGACUUAUGAUGUCAAGAACUGUAUCAUCCUGGAUCUUAGGCUCGGCAAGGAACAGCUUUGUCUUACAAAGAAGAGGACGUUUGUAUUCUGUAUGUGUCCCAAACAGACACAAAAUAAAAUGGAAGCUUGUUUUCUCCAAAACACUUCUCUACCCCUCUGGGACCUGCGGCUUAGACAACACUUUCUCCUUGAGAAGAGCAUUCAGACACACCUCUACCGAAGAAGAAGAAUUCUCUUUCCAUUUGUCUCCAUCACAAAUCAAUGAUAUACUCAGAGGAGGUGAAUUAUCCCAUAAAAUACUGGAUUCAAGUUGUACGAGUCCUAAUUCUGUGUUGAAGUUUGAAAGUAACCAGCUGGCGUCCAAUGCUCCUAUCGAAGACCGCAGGAGUGCAGCCACUUGCUUGCAGACCAGGGGGAUGAUGUUUGGUGUCUUUGAUGGCCAUGCCGGUUCUGCUUGUGCUCAGGCAGUAAGUGAGAGGCUGCUUCAUUAUAUAGCAGUUUCUCUCAUGUCUCGACAAACUCUGGAAGAGAUGGAGCUUGCUGUGGAGUGCAUGAAACCAGUUACUCCUAUUCUGCAGUUGCACAAGCAUCCAAAUGAUGUAGAGGAUCGAGAAAUGACUGCACGGUAUUUUGAAAGCCUGCGAGUUUACUGGCAGCAUUUACUGGACCUAGACAUUGAGCCAGGAUUUAGUUUGGAAGAAGCCAUGAUAAGUGCAUUCAAAAGGUUGGACUCGGACAUAUCACUGGAAGUUCAGGCUCCCCAAGAAAAUGAACUGGUGAGAAACACUGCCCUUCAGGUGGCUUUUUCUGGUGCAACGGCAUGUGUAGCUCACAUUGAUGGUGUUCACCUGCAUGUUGCAAAUGCUGGUGAUUGCAGAGCAAUUUUAGGGGUUCAUGAAGAAGAUGGAACUUGGUCUACUCUGCCUCUAACACGAGACCACAAUGCCUAUGAUGAAUCUGAAAUCAGAAGAUUAAAGAGAGAACAUCCUAGAUCUGAGGAGAAAACGCUAUUUGUGAACGACAGAUUGCUGGGGAUUCUCAUGCCCUCCAGAGCUUUUGGAGACGUGUAACUAAAAUGGAGUAAAGAAUUGCAACACAGUGUUCUCGAAAGUAGCUGUGAUGUUGGAGCUUUAAAUAUUUAUCAGUAUGUUCCUCCUAACUACUACACACCCCCAUAUUUAACAGCGGAGCCUGAAGUCACGUAUCACAAACUAAGAGGGAAGGAUAAGUUUCUUGUUAUUGCUUCAGAUGGACUAUGGGAGAUGCUCAGUAACGAACAGGUUGUAAAACUAGUUGCUGGACACCUUACAGAGCUUAAUGUGCAGAAACCACAACUGGCUUUUGAGAAACCAGUUAACUUGGGUUAUUUGCACAACCUGUUACUUCAGAGGAAAAACAGGGGUAUUACCUCACUGGACCAGAAUGUAGCGACGCAUUUGAUACGGCAUGCAAUUGGGAAUAAUGAAUAUGGGGAGAUAGACCAAGAGAAACUUGCUGCAAUGCUGACUCUGCCUGAAGACCUUGCGAGAAUGUACAGAGAUGAUAUCACAAUUACUGUAGUGUAUUUUAAUUCAGAAGCAAUUGAAAAUUAUUACCGAAACAGCAAAUAGAGACUGCACUGCUGCUAUUCUGUACUGCUAGCCAACUUCGACAUUGAAACCAUCACUGUUUUUCCUUGAUAGUCAAGAUGUUACCAGUGUUAGAAACCUUUUUGUUACUAGUUAUGAAAAGAAGUCUUCUGCAAGUGAAUUUGUUGACAUUGAAUUUGUUCCCUGGAUUUCCAGGUCUGUACACUCUGAAGAUAAAUAUUCUGAUGUAAGUUCACUGUGAUGCAGCUGAACUAAAGAUUGCUGACUCAGUUCUGAUUCCAUGUGAACUGCUGGUAAAAUUUUACAAACGAACAAAGGAGACAAAUUUGAGUUAGGCUGUUUAAACUUAAUAGGCAGGUGGGUAAUACCUGUAGCUGCGUGGAGCAUAGGGAAGUCCUACUGUUAUAGAAAAUGAGGAGCAUUCUCCUGAGGCACUGUAACUGAAUUCAGUAAACUACUAAAUCUUUAUUUGAUGUGGCAGUGUCAGGUAACUCACCUUGUGUAUGUGAAGAAUUGUUAAGGGAGUUGAAUCAGGCAGCCCUGAGACUGCUGGAUGCUUUUUCCUACUGUUUUUCUAAGCUAAGAAACAAAACUGUAUUUUCUUCGACAGUGACAUAAGCACAUUCUCUUUAACUGUGGAUUUGUAUGACAACAUGCGGCUCAAAUGCGCACAAGGGACUCAGUGGUCCCCUGCUCAGGAAUUUAGAUUUGAAAUUCAAGCAUUCAUUCCUCUAUUGCUUAGAGAAUAAAUACUUUGUAUUAAGUAGAGAUCUAUGAAAUGCUGCAUAUGAGAUCCUACUGUAGUUUAAGUGAGGUUUGACAGAUUCAGAAGAAAAAAAUGUGCAUCUAAAGGUGAAUGCAACAGAACGCACAACACCUCUGUCUUCAGAUUUGACUUGGAAUACAGAAGUGCUGUUAUUUCACAACAAUGUUUAAUCUCUUUAAUUUUGCCUUUGAACACCAACUUGUUAUUAUAACUACAGAUAUUUUCUUUAGUGAAUGUAUGUUCUAGUCUCUGAAUGUAUACUUCUGUGCAUUUUAAAACAGUUUAAUACUGUUUUCUAGGGUGGUUAUCCAAAGCUUACAAACAAACUGCUUAUAUUUCAUGUAUGGUGUUCUCCUGUGGCUCUUUUCCUUGUUUAUUCACAUUAGGAGCUGUUGGCAGCAAAAAUGUGUACUGGGAGUGUAGGGCUACUCACUGCUGUUCUACUGUGUGAGAACCUGGGUGGAUAUGGAGUAUGCAAUUUUUUUUAAUUUCACUUAAUGCAUUAUUCCUUCUGCACUUUUACAGGUGAAAAAGUACUUCAGUUUUCACUUUCAAAUUUUGAGUGAAGUUUUAAGCAGAUGAGAUCUUAUGCACAAACUCAGACUAGCUGUGGGUUUGGAGGUUUCCAUAUACUUCUCCAUGUAAAACUUAUCAAUGCUUGCUUUUUUUUUGCUUUUUUUUUUUUUUUUGGCAUCUAAUUCAUCUGUUCUUAAAAUAGUUUUUAGUUUCUUAUUAAAUGUUUGUACUUUGACCAUGUGUAACUGGAUGUGAUUCAGUAUUACAAUUGCAAACACUGAGUGCUGACUUAACAAAAAGAUACUUUUGCUCCAGAAAAGGUUUCUUGUUGUAGUGCAUACUGGUGUAUGUGUAGCAGUUCAGCCGGUGGGCAAGUAGUUAUGUUUUUUGAAUGAAGUCUGGCUUUAAGUGAGCUGUUCCUUUUGCUCUGAAAAUACCUUGUCAUUAUUUACAUGCUUCAUUGGUUUGAUUUUUUAGAUGUAAGGCAUGUGUUACUAGACUACCUCUUAAUAAAGAAAUUACUUAACAGUGUGGUUAGAGGAACAAAGGGCCUAAACCAAACUACAUUAGAGCUGGUAUCAAGUGAUACAAUUGUUAUGAAGGUUAUCUAGAAAGCUUGUGAUGUACAGAAAGGCACCCAGUACAAGGGACACAAAAAUAGGCUGUUCUGUUCUUUUCUCAAGAGGAGCCAGAGGUGAAAUCUGCUUUGUCCUUGGAAAGAGUCAUAUUAGCACUCUAUCAUAUGUUACUCAUAAAUAUGCUCAUAUACAGGUUGCUGUAAUUGCAGCUGCUAGUCAGUAAUGAUUGUUCUAGGGAAUCCAUUUCACAGUAAGAUGAGUACUACUUCUAAUUUCCCAUUAGCUUUGCUCAGCUUAACACACAACAUUAUAAUUAUCCUAGAGUGGAAAAAGAUAAUGUUAAACCCCAGUUAGUUUGUUUUGUUUAAAAAGCAAAUUGUAGACUGAACCGUAUGUUCCCUGGAAUUUAUUGCAGGCUGAUGGCAACAACAUUUCCUGACAUGUAAAGAAAAUAAUUAUCAGUUUGAAUUGGAUCACAGAUAUCUUCAUUUCUAGGUGCAACUAAUAGGUAUUAAUAAAUAUUGUAAUUUAUGACUUGGAGGAUCAGAGUUUAAAUCUAACAACUUAAUGCCUUAAUGUACUUGUGCAAGCACUCUGAUGUGAGAACUUGUAGGCACAUUUAGGUGCAAGUCCUGCGGUAUCCAUUGUGUUUGGAGAGCAUUUUUCUUUAAAUACUGGGACUGUUUAAAGAAGCAGUGGUCAAAGACAUUCAACUAAAUUGUGUUUCUCAAAAUCUGGUGUCUCGGUGGGUGUUCUGCCAUGUAGGUAACACACCUGAGAUUAAGUGUGGAUGUGAAUACUAACAGAAAUAUUUUUCCCUGAUAUUUAAGCCUUGAGUUCAAGUACAAUUUUGCCACUUUGUUUUUUUCUUCAAAACCCUUAUUCCAUGUUCCUGAAUGAUUAUGGUUAUUAGUAUACAAGUGUUCAGGCCUUCAUAAUGUAUUUGAUUUUUUUGUUUUGUUUUGUAACUUCUCUGCCAAUUGGGGAAAAUCACUGUUUUUGUAAAUAAAAAUAUUUAUGCCACGCUUUAA